AUGAAGAAGGUGAUGAAAGAUUUAGCGCCUAUAGCUAUCCCUCAUGGGCCGCCAGUGGAAUCCACUUCAGAAUACUAUAAAUCUUUAAUGGAAAGUUCUCGUAUGGUAAAAAAAUAUCCAGUAUGGGAUGUCGCUCGUCCAACACCGCAAGUAUUGAUGGAACAAGCACGAAGAGAUCUCAUGGAGGCAGAUGAGAAACUUGCACUCAAAAGAAAUGAGGAGAAAGAAAACAGGAGAAUGAUGGAUGAAAAAUGGAAAGAGUUACGAGACAAGGAAAUGCUGUUGAAGGAGUCUUUUAUAAGCUUUAAUAAGUUCAUUCGCGAGAAUCAAGAGAAACGCGAUAGGGCUGAACGUAAAAUGGAGGCUGACACGGAGGUCCUUCAACGAAAGACGCGCGAGACUGACGCUAUGAGACAGAGAGUGACCGAGAUGGAGGAAGUUAAGGAGCUGAUGGAACAACAAGUGCGAGACUACACUAUAUAUGAGGACUAUUUGAUGUCCGUCGUACAUAACUACCCAGAAUUCAAACAGCCACUAGAUGUCCUCAACCGUUAUGAGGCCUUGGCUGCGGCGAAGAGUUCCCUCGCGGAGAGACAGGAAAGAGACUUGGAGUUGUUGGAGAGCGCUAGAAGACAGAUCGCAACUCUUACUGAAGAAAAGAAGCUUUGCAUAAUGGGCCUUAAUAACACACUCGCUGAUUUGAGGUGGCGUUUUGACAAAGCAAGAAAUCGUGUCAUCAAAUGGGAGUUGGCGUUGGAACGUCUUAAGGAAACGGCUGCCAGACGUCAUGUGGAAUUGUGCCACGUACGAGCAGCAGUGUGGAGUUUGUACUUGAAGAUUUGUAAGCAGAAAGGUCUAGAAGUUGACGUUUCUGUGGAAGAUUACGAGCAACAACUGGUGGUAGUGAUGAGAGCUCUGCUGGAACUGAGACGUAUAUACCGCAUCGCUCAGAGACGAUCUAAGGAGAAGGAUGCAGAAUCAAUGCAAACGGCUUGA